AGUGCCCCUCUGGAAGCUGCCAAAGGCACUUUGAUGAUACAUAUCACAUUUUCUGCAUCUGAAUGUAUAACCCUUAUGUGACUACUCGUGAAGCCAUCCCCAUUUGAACCAACCAGAAGUGAGCCCACCCAUUUUGCAACCUUUUCACACUUCUCUGCCUCUCAAGUAUCUGUUUGCCUCUGCGACCCCUUUGAAGCAACAACUCUGACUUGUGGAGGACAGUUUUACGCAAAGUCCUUUUUCGUUUUACUGAAAGUAGAGAACGGAGGUAUGUCUGAGUGUGGGAAACCUUCUGUGUAUGUGGUGGACAGCCAUGUGACAAGGCCUCCAUUGCCACCGAGAGUGGACCAGAGGCUGAAGCACACCAGCCCAGCACAGAUCCUGCUGUUUAUGCUGGUGGGCCUGGCUUUGUUUGGCAUGCUCCUAGAAGCUUGCUUCAUAUACCAUCUCUACCACCGUGAUUCUGACUCCACCUCGGCAUCCUCGGCUAUGAUGCAGCAAGAUGCUAGUCCCAGUAAAGAGUCCGUUUAUGAAAUUCCUCCUUCCAAACCUGUUGCACAUCUGACAGAUGGACAAGACGUCGUUCAUAGACAUAAUAUAAUGUCAUGGAGCAUGAAUGCAGAACCUCUCCUCUACGGCAUGACCUACAGCGACGGAAAGCUUAUCAUUAAUACUCAGGGUUACUACUACGUCUACUCCAAGGUUUUCUUCUCAGACCACACUGCAUUUCACCACGCUGUCAGCAUGAAAACCGAAAAAUAUGCUGGAGGAAAUAUUACCCUCCUCCAGUCCAGAAAAUAUACCCCACUGUCCAACAACGUUAUGCGGUCCAACAGUUACCUGGGUGGGGUGUUCCACCUUUACAAAAACGACGCUAUCUUUGUGAGCGUCAGUAACACCAAACAUAUUGAGCGGCACAAACCCUAUGAGAACGUCUUUGGUGCAUAUAUGAUAUGAACGUCACUCUGAUUUUGUUUAUGAAUCAGAAAGCUUUGAGGAAGAGGAAUUCAAAUUGCCCAAGUCCUUGUAAAAAAAACAGGUCCAUACUCAGAAAGGGAAGUGUGAAACUUUCUCUCUGACUUUGCUUUCUUGCUGCGAAUGCGCAUCGCUUUAGCAUCUCUUCAGCACUGGAACAAAUCUUAUGCAGUUUGUCUUCAGUUGUAUAGACCUACAAACUUUGAAUUAAAUGUGUAAAUGUUAAAAAAAAUGAUGACAAUAGGGAAUAUAUAUAUAUGUGUGUGUUAUUGAGUUUGUGUGAUCUUCAUGUUGCUACUAAAUAAUCAUUUCUUUUCAAUCUCGCUUCAACACUUCUGGCACAUAAUGUAUUUAUUACAGCUUAAUAUAACUGUUGUGACUCUGCUGUGUUGAAUUGCUGUACAGAGUGAUAACAUGCAAGGCAUUCAAAUAAAAAGACGUCGAGUUAAAAGUU